AGGUAUCUGGGACCUAGUGGCUACGGAUCCUUGUUAGACUCUGAAGUUAACCGCUUCCAAAGGGGAAGUGCUAUAAACUGUAGUACUGUUUUUAGCAGCACUUUCAAAGCACCAAGUCUCAUAGAGCCAAAGAGGUGUGGCUUUAACUUGUGUCAGGUCUGUAUUUUCUGUCAUAGUAAAAAUGGGGGAAAUUGCUACUCUGGGAAACAGAUCUCUUAGCUGCCACCAAACUCUCUCUCUCUCCUGUCUUUCAUUUUUUUAUUCUCCAACUUGUCUACCUGACUCGUCUAUUCUACAUUUUACGUUGUACAUACAUGAAUGUACUAGUGGCCUUGAUCAAAGAGGUCUGCGUAAUCUGAGUGAAAACCCCUGAAUAAAAGUCAACAAUGCUUUGUUUUAUGUAUUCAACAAGUUCAGGCUUCCCUCAGCACAUGAUACUGGCUUGCUGGCAUUUUGUAUUAUUUUUAUUUAGAAAGAAAAUUAUGAAACUUAAUGGACCCCAAAAGGGAGCAUAGAGGGAUGCCCAUUCUAUGAUAAUGUGAUUUAAGCUAAAGUAGUAACGCAAGGAUCUGUUUAUCUAUUAGAGGCAUUGUGGUGAUGCCUAACGUCGUCUAGUCUAGGUCAUGUGCUAGGGUUGUGGUUUCUGUGUUUCCGCACCUUUUAUGUAAAAGGUGGCGUGCACUUAAAUAAUGAUCCUGAAACUCAUUUUACAACUGUAUUUUACUCGAUUUCCACUGCAUUUUGGGGUUGCUUGCAUGUUUUUUAUCUCAUGUGAAACACGCUAGACUCACCUCAUGAUGAGACAUGUCAUUUCAGAGAGAACUGUUGAAAAUAAACCCUUUUUUGCAUGAGAAGCAAGCGGAAUGACCUCACUGCUAUGCUGUUUAAUGAGCAGUCAAUAUUCUUCUGUUACGCCAAAUAACAGCUUGGAAGGUUUCCAUAAAAACAAUAUCCAGGCAGCUGCAUUUAGAGACGGUGACUCUAUUCUAUUCCAUUCAUGAUAAACGAUAGCUGUGCAAAAUAUACUCUCAAAACAAGGGUGCAAAAAGAUCAGACUCCACCCACACACCAGUUGGUAUCUGUUAAACUCAAAGUAACACAUCUAGGACUAGGCUUAGUGUCACUUCCCCAAGGCAGACCACUGUUACCCUGCGUUGAGAAGAAGUCCCCUUCCUCACUCGGUCAUCCCAUUCCAACAGAGGGUCAGAGGUCAAUCCGAGCCACAGCAACAUGACGGACUCCGCCAAGCUUCACCAGCCCCACCCUCCCCCCAAGGGGGAGCGGAGCCACGCCGGCGACUUCAGCUACGUUGGCAUCGACGCCAUCUUGGAGCAGAUGAGGAGGAAGGCCAUGAAGCAGGGCUUUGAGCUCAACAUCAUGGUGGUUGGGCAGAGUGGCCUGGGAAAGUCCACGCUGAUGAACACACUCUUCAAAUCCAAGGUGAGCCGCAAGUCGGCGCAACCGAACCCCGAAGAGAAGAUCCCCCAGACCAUCGAGAUCAAGUCCAUCAGCCAUGAUAUCGAAGAGAAGGGCGUCAGGAUGAAACUGGCAGUCAUCGACACUCCGGGCUUUGGUGACCAGAUCAACAAUGAAAACUGCUGGCAGCCCAUCAUGAAGUUCAUCAAUGACCAGUAUGAGGCCUACCUGCAGGAGGAGAUCAACAUCGACAGGAAGAAGCGGAUCCCAGACUCCAGGGUCCACUGCUGCAUAUAUUUCAUCCCCCCAACUGGACACUGUUUAAGACCCCUGGACGUGGAAUUCAUGAGACGUCUGAGCAAGGUGGUCAACAUCGUCCCCGUCAUCGCCAAGGCCGACACCCUCACCCUGGAGGAGAGGGACGACUUCAAACAGACGAUUCGGGAGGAGCUGCGAGCCAAUGGCAUCGACGUGUAUCCCCAGAAGGAGUUUGACGAGGAUGCGGAGGACCGACUCAUCAACGACAAAAUCCGAGAGAUGAUCCCUUUUGCUGUGGUGGGGAGUGACCAGGAGUACCAAGUCAACGGGAAGAAAAUUCUGGGAAGGAAAACCAAAUGGGGCACCAUAGAAGUGGAGAAUAUCGCACACUGUGAGUUUGCCUACCUGCGCGACCUCCUGAUCAGGACCCACAUGCAGAACAUCAAGGACAUCACAGGCAGCAUCCACUACGAGAUGUACCGCGUCCGCAGGCUCAACGAGUCCAACGCUGGGCCUGGCUUCGCACCCGGCCAGGCCCCCACCCUAGUCCCCGCCCACACCAAUGGACAGACCAAGGUCAACGGCGGCCCGCCCAACGGCAUGGCCGCGCAGUGCGAGGUCCUGACUCACGAGAUGUAGGCGGUGGAUCUCCCUCUGCCGUCGCCAUGGAGAUGACGUCAAGUCGCCAUGGAGACUACCUGCACCGUCAGGAAAGAAACCAAACGUAACCAAACCUUGUAGCCAUCCAACUGAAUAUGCAAAGGAUGUAUAGGCUCUCGUAUAAACCUAUACUCUCUCUCACACAGACAGACAGACAGACACACAGACAGACACGCACACAGACACACACACACUUUAAGGCCCAUUUGGACGGGUAUCUCCAAUUGCAAGUUAUCUCCAGGUCAGAGCCUUGAGGUUGAAACAAUGCCAGUUUCACCAUAUCUAAAAUGGCGGUUCCCAGUGUUCGAUUUCAGCACCCAGGGCUUCUCCAGUUAGAUGUCCGCAGACAGCUCGUCUCCUCGAGCGACAACUUUGCUCCAAAGAAAGUUACAGCUUAUUAGUUUCUGCUAAUAGCUUAGCAUCUAUACUAGGACUAGAUGUUAAUAUCGAUCUGGUUUUCCUAUGUGUUGUGGUGUAUAGUAAUGUGUAGAUACGUGAGGGUUGAAUAGGGAUACGAAAGUACAUAGACUAGGAUUUUAAGUAUUAUGGAUGAAGAGAAUACUGUGGACACAUCUGCACUGUAAUAAUAUAUGUAUAGGACAAAUUCUAAACAGUGUGGAGCAGCAUUCAGGGGGCCAGCGCAUCCUUGUCUUUGUAUCGUCUUAUUGACCUUUUCUGCCAAACCAAACCUGUCUUCCUCUCUUUACAGGCCUAUAUGAAGCCUGUCUGUUAUACAGUCCUAACAUGCAUUUUACAUGGCUUAUUUACUGUUGUAAUUUUAUUGUUAUUGUUGUAAUAUUAUUGGUUAGCAUGAGGUCUGUUUUUAUUUUUUUAAUCUGGAACGUUCUCUCCCACUGCCGAACACGUCUGUCCAUUCCCUCAUUUGCCUCUCCUCAAACUGUAAACCAAAUAAAUGCCUUUUUUUUUGUUCCCUAAGAAUUAACAGAUGUUAUGGAUAUAGGUAUUUAUGCGCGAUUUGAUUCUUCCAUCCACUUCAGUGUUGAUCGUACCACUGCCAGCAGCUACAGUAGAUUACAACGGGAAAAUGUAUUUGUUGCCGCCUGCAUUAUAUAAUAAGUCAUCCAAUAGGCUAGACUUGGGGUCACAGGUCGGAUUAGUGUACCAGUGCAUCAGUUAUGAAGAGCAAUGUUGUAGAACAAUGGAGGUGGAACAUAGCUUUCUUUAUGACGGUGAGCAUCUGUGCUGCCCAUAGAACAAUUAUAGAGUUCAUGUAGCAUUGAUGUGUAGAAGGCUGUCAUUUCCUUAUGUUCCUCCUGAGAAAGAAUAUGGAUAUAUCAGGUAAAUCAACGGAUAAUGAAACAAUUAAAUGGCAUCUUGUUUACUUGUUCUUGUCUAUAAUAUGUUACCUGAAAGAAAUAAAGAUCGAUAUUUUUAUUGUUUAAAGUGAAGAGAUUAUUUUGUGGCUGCAGGAAAGGUAAACAAAGCGCUUUUACACCCGCCCACCCACGUAGCCUUUUGAUUGAGGGCAGAGAAAAAAGCCAAUUAAAUCUCCCGAGACGUAGGCUAUGUUUACGAGCAACUAUGCAUAUCUUUGAAACGAGACUGAGGUGUGUUAUUACUUAAUUAGCGACAAUCAUAUCCAAUUUAUGUCAAUUUCUGAAGAAAAAAAAAAUCUUUGCUGUUCGUUCAAAUUAAGGUGUUUUCAAAGGGGCAACAUAAUUCAAACAGCCUCUACAUUACGCUAUCAUUGCGUUGCCCAAUAGCCUGACGCAAUAGAAUCUGGUAUCUGACUGAUCAUAUCUGACAAGGUAGUUUCACUCAGCUAUAUUUUUCUUCAUAUCCUAGGCCUACUUGAACUGACUCAGUAAGAUGGGUCGGUAGUACGGUAGGUCUAUUCUCUAAAUGAUUGAAUUAAUUUGAAAACAUUGCUUGAGAUCUAUAUAUAUUAUCUAGAAUUAUAGAAUAGAAUAAUAUGUGGCACUCCUCAACUAUAAA